AUGGGUCAAACAACGAGCUAUGAGCCGUGUGUCUUCAAUCAAACGACAUUCAGUGAGAUCAUGCGAAACAACUAUAACUUAGCAAAGGAAUUCGCUGAAUAUAUCAAACGAGUGAAUGCGUCCACCGGUUUACUGACAGCUAACGCACUGAACUCGCCAUCAAUCCUCUCAAAUGGGACUACUCCGGCAAAACUCAAUCACAUCGAUCUUCUCAAACUUUAUUGUCAUCAAUAUCCGAUUAUUCCUGAAUACGCUCAUUUCUUUAUUGAGUUUUAUUAUGUGAUGAUACCAAAGGAGAAAAAUUGUACACCAAAGUUGCCGGAUGGAGAUCCAUUCACUCCACUUUGGGUAAACAUCUUCAUCACAAUGAUCUUCUUCAUCAUUGGAGUCAUCGGAAUUGUCGGGAAUUUGUUGACUGUUUGGGUGAUUUACAAGAACAAGAGCUUACAAACGCAUACAAACUAUUUCUUAGCCUCAUUGGCUUUAUCGGAUUUGUUGCUGAUAUUAGUACAACAAUCUCCUUUUUUCACAUUUGUUUCCAUUUUGACAAUCGUCGCGCUGACUGGAGAACGAUAUACAGCUAUUUGUAAACCAUUCAGUAUUUUGAAAUUCAAUAAGCAACGCGUGCGACGAAUCAUUUAUUUGAUUUGGGUGGUCGCUUUCAUUCCCUCAUUGUAUCUCGGAAUGCAGUAUAAACAAGUAGUGGAGGAUUUUUGCGGCUACAAUCGAGAUCUCGGCGUUGGUCUUGGCUAUUGUGAUUAUGUCACCUCACCGAAUGAUCUCUUUCGUUUUCCAUUUGAGUUAGCCAUGGUGAUUACCUUUGUAUUACCGAUGAUUUUCAUUAUGUAUUGUUAUAUGAGAAUCCUUCAAACAUUGAAUACAACAAAGUUGGCGAGAAAUCUCACCGUUCACAUUCCAUUGGAAUCAACAAGAAGCGAAUCGAUUCACAACAAUCACAGAAGUAGUUUGAGAGAAAGCAUUCGAGAAAAAUUCAGCGGUGCUCCCCGACGCUCUCAACAAGAUUCAAAUUCCCAAGGUGUCAUGCAAGUACAUCACAAAUUAAGCGUUCAAAUGACACAACAAGCGCAUCGAAUGGUCAUCAAAAUAUUGGUGACUGUCUCAAUGACGUUUUUCAUUUGCUAUCUACCGUAUCAUUUAGAGCGUCUUAUCGCUCAAUACAUUAAAAAUCAAUGCAAGCAAAGUCUUUUAUGUUUGCUUCUCUAUCCGAUCACCGGGCUGUUACAGUAUGUCUCAGCUACUCUGAAUCCAAUCUUCUACAAUCUGAUGUCCGAUCGUUUUCGUGCGGCUUUCAAGAGCACUUUUGAGAACAUCUUCCGCAGUCCAAAAGAGUAUCAAAAUAUUAAUGGUGCGAGUCAACGUUUGGCGAUGAGAGUCAUUGAAAGAAGAGGGACAAGAUGCACGGAAUUACUCUCAACUGAAAGUCCUAUG